AUGGUCUUUAAGCCGUUCACCCAUCUCGCGCGUCAGAGUUUCACCAAAGCCUUCACCCAUGGCUAUGCUCAGUCGGUAGUGGCCGCGUCCCAAUCCUACGCCUCGUCCACCACCCUCAACCAAUUCGCCCUUCAACCUGCCGCCAAAUUCUCCCGCACCACCCAACUACAGAAUGCCUUCUCGAAUGCCUCCAGUUCGUCCGGCGCCGGCGCUAAGGCGAGCCAGGGCACCGGCGGCAAUGGUGACUUUGGUCUAGCCGCCUACUAUGCUGCCUGGCAGCACGCCCAGCAGACCGGCGACGAUACCGAUUGGUGCCAGUUCCAGUUCAAGCGCCGUAUUGGAUGGAAGCCUACCGAGGAAGUCGAGGAUGCGAAGGAUGAGCGCAUCCCUUCCCCCGAGCCUCCACACCUAACCAAGGCCGCUGUCAACGAGAAUGUCAGCGCACAGGUCGAGGAGGCUGUCGCGCGGGAGAUUCAGAUUCAGGAGGAGCAGGCACAGGCGGAAGAGGCAACGGAUGGGACUGAAGCAGUCGCUGCUGAGUCGGCCAUCGAGGAUGUAGCCAUUUCUGAGGAGAUUUCAGAGGAGAGCAAGAUUGCCUCGGAGCGCAUCGUGCAACUGGCCACGGACAAGAGCUACGCCGAGAUCCCGGCAGCAUUCGAGUCCAUCCUUCGUGAGGGUCUGACUCCGACUGUCGACGCAUACAAUGCUCUGUUGGUUGCCGCUAUCCGUCUGCAUCCCGAGGCCGCCCAGGCCAUUCACAAGGCUCUCGAUGUAUACUCUGAUAUGCUUCGUCGCAGGGUAAUUCCCGACGAAGACACCUAUCAGACCCUCGUCCAGCUGUUGGUCACUCAGGCGCACCACGCGAUCAACGCCAAGGAGGUGCUUGAGCAGGAGCGGGUUCGGCAUGGUGGCAUGGAGGAGCCUGGCAAGUUUAUGCUCCAGUCUAGCGAGCUGGAGCGCGACGUACUUGCUGAGGACCACUCCCUGUCCAUUGCCGUGAAGCUGUUCAACACGGCCACGAGCCGCCACUCCCGUCUCGUGUUCCCCGUCGACUUGUACCGUCAACUCAUCAUUGCCUGUGCCCGUGAAGGCAAGGUUGAGGACAUGAUCCGCAUCUACUCCCACAUGGAGAUGCAAAAGGUGGCCCCUCACGCGUCGAUCUUCCCUUUCAUGAUUGACGCCUUUGCCGGCACGGGUGAUCUGUCCAGCGUGGUCGAGUGCUAUAACGAGUACCGUAGCCUGGCUGUGUCGGACGACAACGGUGUGUUCAGCAUUAUCAAGCGUCUCGACGGUGAAGUCUACGCGGCCGUCAUCCGCGCCUAUCUGUCCUGCGGCAAGGAAGAAGGUGCCAUGCACUUCCUCGAUCGGAUUCGCUCUUCGUUCGACGACGUCACCGAGGACCGGGAAGGCCGUUGGGCCAUGGUGGAAGCUAUCAUUGUCAAGGACGCCCUUGUGCAGCACUUUUUGAAUGUCGGUGAACAUGGCAAGGCCCUCGGACAGGCCAAGGAGCAAUUGCACGAUGCGGCUCGCGAUCAGGCCAUUUCUCGGAUCUGCAUUGCUGCAGCUGACACUGGCAAUCUUACCACCGCCUCCGAAGCAUAUGACAGUCUGUCCACCUCCCCCGAUACCCGCCAAACUCCCGCUAUUUCACUCCUUGCGCUUCACGUCCGCCAGGGCAACAUUUCCGCUGCCCGGUCUUUGUGGAUUAUGCUGAACACAGUGGGUCAGGCCACCCCGGAUAUGGUCCAGCCGACCGCGAUGUACGCGGUCGCGCUGUUGAAGAGCGGCCAGGUUGAGGAUGGUCUCCAUGAGGCUCGCAACAUGUUUGCUCGUAUCCGCAACGCCUCCGCCAAACAGGUCGCCGUCGCUCCUGCCACUAUCAGUGAGCAGAUUAGCGAGUCGCUUCAUCUCUUUGGCCGUGUCCUCAUGGAGACGGGGGCUGUCCUCUCCCCCCAGGCCUCGAUGACUCUUCUUUGGUCUAUGGUUGAGAAUGACGGCCUUGUCUCUCCUAUUGCGGAGCACGUCGUCGCUAGUCUGGGACCUAUGGGUAUCUCGCAGCUGAAUCCCGCGGACCUCACCCUGGCCCUGCAGGUUCAGGCUCGUAUGCUAGCGGGCAACAGUGCUAUCCUCUUUGACAUUGCCCACCCGGUGCGCUUCGCUCACAUGCUCGAUGUCGCUCUGUCUGCUGCUCUUCCUCUGGAUACCUACACUACCCAUCUGGUCGACCAGGCUGUCGCCAAGCUGUUCACCAGCCGUCCUGAUAUCGUCAAGAGAUGGCAGGAUCACCUGGAGGCAUCGACGCAGGCCUCCUUGAUGUCAGACCGCCACAGCCCCGUCUCCUUGACAGAGACCAACAUCACGACUCCUUCUGUAACCCCAGAUUCUUUCGACCCGUAUGCCCACGCCACCGACUUCCGAGGCUCUGCCAUCAUCGCCGAUGAGCUCGAAAAGACUUCCGGUCGCGCCGAGACCCACCUCAACGAGGCUCUGAUCCGACUGAAGAACAUGCGUCGCAUUGGCCGUCACCCUCGCUACAUCACGUACGCGAAGCUCAUCACCGCUGCCGCCAAGGUCGGUCGGAUGGAGUUGGUCGACGAGAUCCACGGCAUGGCCCGCACCGAUGUCCCUCUGAACCCGGCUCACAACGCCGUCAAGUACGGUUGGGUUUCCAUCCUCGAUGCUAUGGUCGCUGCCUGCCUCACCCUCGGUGACCGUCACCUGGCUGGUCAGUACCAUCAGGAGCUGCUGGGUCUGGGUUCGGCACCCUCCGCCAACACUUUCGGUCUGUACAUCACCACCCUGAAGGAGUCGACCAAGACCUUCGACGAAGCCACUGAGGCCUUGAAGAUCUUCCACCGUGCUGUCGCCGAGGGCGUCGAGCCGACCUCGUUCCUGUACAACGCGCUCAUUGGCAAGCUCGGCAAAGCCCGUCGCAUUGACGACUGCCUUGCCUACUUCGCCGAGAUGCGUGCUAACAAUGUCCGCCCUACGAGCGUCACCUACGGAACGAUCGUCAAUGCCUUGUGCCGAGUCAGUGACGAGCGCUUCGCCGAAGAGAUGUUCGAGGAAAUGGAGUCUAUGCCCAACUACAAGCCACGCCCGGCACCAUACAACUCCAUGAUCCAGUACUUCCUGAACACCAAGCGUGAUCGUUCUAAGGUCCUUGCCUACUACGAGCGCAUGCAGGCUCGCAGCAUCAAGCCCACCACCCACACCUUUAAGCUGCUCAUCGAUGCUCACGCCUCGCUUGACCCCAUUGACAUGCCCGCUGCCGAACGCGUCCUCGCCGACAUGCAAGCCGCCGGCGUCCAGCCGGAUGCCGUGCACUAUGCUUCGCUCGUCCACGCCAAGGGCUGCGUUCAGCAUGAUCUCCCGGCCGCCCGCAAGGUAUUCGACUCUGUGCUCGCGGACCGCCGCGUUCGCCUGCAGCCGUGUCUGUACCAGGCCCUCUUCGAGGCGAUGGUGGCCACCGACCACGUCGCGGAUACUGAGGAAGUUGUCAGCGGCAUGAAACAGCGCAACGUCGAGAUGACCGCGUACAUUGCCAACACGCUCAUCCACGGCUGGGCAGCCGAGGGCGACGUCGCCAAGGCCAAGACUAUCUACGACAGCAUCGGCAUUCAGAAGCGCGAGCCUAGCACCUACGAGGCCAUGACUCGCGCAUUCCUCGGCGCUGAGGACCGGGCUGCAGCUGCCGGCAUCGUCCAGGAGAUGAUGUCGCGUGGAUACCCGUCCGCCGUGGCGAGCAAGAUCAUCGAUCUGGUCGGCCCUGCACCCUCCGUCUAA